AUGGGGCACCAGCAGCUGGGCAAAAAUCCAGGGUUCUGCCUCCAUCCGCCUGCGAGUCUGGAGAAGCUGGAUGCAGCCGUGGAUGAAGGGGAAAGGGAAACUGUGCUCGAAGGUUUGAGAGUAGAAGCUCGGCAAGUGCAAUGUCGGUUGAAGGAGCAAUUGGUACAAUUCAGGACAGACGUGGACAUCUUCAUGAGGCUAAUGUACAGGAAUAAGAAUCAGCAUAGACACGCCCUGUACUACCGCAGGCUUUCGCAGGUCAAAAGGGACCUGCGAUUAUUGGAUUAUGCAGAAUUAGAUAGAACCGUCGAGGGCUUCACCAGGUGGACUUUUCCGUUUAAACAGAGCCGAGCCAAUGUUUAUCAAAGGGCCUCGGAAAUUAAUAAUGUGAGCCCUUCUUUGUGCACUCUGCUGAGUGCUGUCAGAAUUCUUAACCAAAUAGACGAGCCUAUACUCGCCGCGAGUACUCCCAUUUUGGGGCUUCUUAGUCAAAGUUAUUUUAUGAACUUGGGAUUGACCAUUUUUGCUGCUAUUGCGCGUUUGAGAAUCUUAGCGGUGCAAGUACGCUUUGAGUUGGCAACCGUAUACAAUCUGCUCUCUGUAUUUUCAAACGAAGAGCAGAAGCUGUACCUUAAGUAUCAGUCGCGUUUAGUUCCUGUGGAAGCUUGUCCUCGGCGGCUUCCCUCGCAUCUCGAGUGCCAUUGGCAGAAUGGACAACUAUCUGUGACUGAGAUAGACCCACCAACCGAGCUUGUGCAGGCUGCGCCUGUUGCAAUGCCUCUGUCCAUUGGGGUGUUGUUUGUUGAUGACCGCAAAAGUUUAGCUGUCUCCAAGGACAUUGCAGCCGUGCCGACCAUUGCAGCCGUGCCGCCCGUUGUGGACGAGCAAGAUCAUAGAAGAGGUGGCUCGUGGAAUGUAUUUGACAGAAACAGAGUCAAGUAUGAUGUGCGGCUCCCAGCUAUCACAGCUAAAGGGGAGGACCUUCUUUCACGGCAUUUGAAGGCUGUGUUUCCGAAGGCUGCUGAUGCUGUCAUUCUGAGUCACGAGGGUGAACCAGGAGUAGUCUCUGUGCCUGGUGAAUUGUCUGAUCCAGUUUAUGCAUCUAAGAAUGAAGACAGGGAGAGUGAAGUGAAGAAGGAAGGUCAUACUCAAAAUACGGGAGGUGUCGAUCCGGAUGUCGCAUCUGUGGAGAGGUUGGAUGAGAUUCCUGGAGACGGUAUCAAAGAUAUCUCUUCUCAGCCCUUGGAAGAAAGUUCUAUCAUCAUCACGUCCACUCCAGGAGCGAAUGCAGAGAAGGGUCCAGUUGUGAGUUUUGCGGCAUCGGAUGCUUCCAUCAAUAAAUCUGUUGUCAAUGACAAGCAAAGUAAGCCCCCAGGGUCUAUGAACGGCACAAGGAGGUCAGUGGCUUACGUCUCCGUACUUCCCGAGUUUCUACGUGAGAAGAGAAAGGAGGUUUCUAGGGAGGUAGAGUCGAAUUUGAGUACUACUGUCGUGGACCUUCAUAUGACAUCUCCAACAGCUGGGGAAAAUGGUGCAAGUAUCGUUGUCACCUCUGCUUCUGUGGCAGUCAAGGAGACAGUUACACAGUGUGCAGACGAGGUCGGAGAAUCUAAAACCAUCUGCUUGCAACAAGCGAUGAUAGAGCAAGAUUUGAAGGAUUCUAAGUCUGAAUCAGGUACUAUUUUGAUAGAGAGGUUAGAUGGGAGCAAUGGAACUGGCAAACUUAUGUUGGGAUCAAAGAGACCUGUGGCUGAGAUCUAUAGAAGUGAAUCACUCACUGAUAUGGACGGGAAUAGCGACCAGGAGGCAUCGGGGCCUGGCACGAAAGUAGAUGACUUGAAAGUUAUUGAUAGCAAGAAUCGCAAAAAAAAGCGGCGGAAAGGUAAAGGUAAAGGCGCUAGUAUUGGUGACAUAGAAAAGCAGGUGGAUACAAAAAUAGAUAGUUCCGAGAAGAAGCAGGACAAGGAAGAGGUAUCCAACGAAAAGAUCUCGAAAACGAAACAGGUAGGGGACCUGUUCAACAUGCUGCUUGGGGAUCUGUAA